AAUCCAUCAGUGACAAAUGGCUAUCUUGAAAUUCAGAAAUCCAAUUAAUGGGAUGAAUAAGAGAUACUUACAGAAAGCAACAAAAGGAAAACUGCUAAUAAUAAUAUUUGUUGUAACACUCUGGGGGAAAUUAGCAUCCGGGGCAAACCACCACAAAGCUCACCAUGUUAAAACGGGAACCUGUGAGGUGGUGGCUCUCCACAGAUGUUGUAAUAAGAACAAGAUAGAAGAAAGGUCACAGACAGUCAAGUGCUCCUGCUUUCCUGGGCAGGUAGCAGGUACCACCCGAGCAGCUCCUUCUUGUGUUGAUGCUUCAAUAGUGGAACAGAAAUGGUGGUGCCACAUGCAACCAUGUCUUGAAGGGGAGGAAUGUAAAGUUCUUCCAGAUCGGAAAGGAUGGAGCUGUUCCUCUGGGAAUAAAGUGAAAACAACUAGGGUAACCCGAUAGCUAAAGACAACUCAAGUCUAUCUCAAGGCUGAUAAUGCUAACCUAAUGGGAAUUUCAUACCUCCCUCCAGGCAAUCCUUGAAGUGAGUUUACACUGCGGGGUGUAUUGGCUUGUAAUCAGCAACAGCUUGAGAUCAAAACUACUGGAAAGUCAUUGUGAACUUUUUUGUCACAGAUAUUUCAACUGAUUGAACUAUGUACACUUACAAAAUUGCACUUGCUGAAGAAUUUAUGGCUGCAAUCUAAAGCGGCGAUGCUUAGAGGGUGUAGAAGAGGCAGCAAUCUUUCGGGUUCUCCAUUCAAGACUGACGGCUUUUCAUCUUUACAAAAGCAGUCUUUGAAAUGUACUGGUUCCUUCACUCUGCAACGUUCCCUGGUUCUAUGUACAAAUUGCUGGUGGGACUGCACGCUACUUUAAUCAAAUUUAUGUUGCAGAACUUGUCCUCUGGCAUAGCGCAGUUUUAGACCUUUUUAUUUGUAUUUCUAAUCUUGGAUCUCUGAAAGGCUACAUGUUUCAACAUCCUGAAGUUGCUUUUGUUAUAGGAAUGGAAAUAUAUAUCCAUUGUUAAUAAUUAUUGUUGACAAGUAAUAGUUAUCGGAAUACAUCAAUCAUAUAAGAAUGUAUAGCCAGCCUGACAUGUUUCCCUAAGGCUAUCCUACUACUGUAGCUCUUUGGCAGUUUCAUUAUAAGUAUUUUAUACCUUUAAAAUAUACAUUUCCAUUUAGUUUGAAGAUGAUGGGUGUUUCUGGUAUGUCCUUUACUUUCUUAACCUUAAGUCCUUUCAAGUUGUCAGUAAGCAGUAAAUGACAUUAGCUAGUCCCUUUUUGUAAAGGUAGACAGGGAUGCAUGCAAGUUUUACAAUGCUGAGAUUGGAUGGCAUUCGUUCCGAGUUUCUUUCAGUUAUUUAUUUUUUUAAACUAUCUCUUGCUUGAACACAAGUACUAUCUGGAUGCUUAUGUAGAUGUCUGCUCAGUCUGUUAAUAGAGGCAAAAAAUCUUUCCCUCCAAAUCUGAAGUUCAUAAAUGUUUUGCUUACAGUUAUCCAGUCCAGGUCUUCUGGGUCUUUCCAUAGUCAUUUUCCCAAAUUAACAUUUAUUUUCCUAUUUUCUAUUUCUGUAGCAAUUUUUUGUGAUGUACUAUUCUAUGAAAACCCUUAAUAUUUAAAGGCCUUAAACAUAUAUGAAUUUUGUUUCUAAGUUAUUACAGAAUGUAUAAUUUUAUACUCCAUUUAAUAUAUUCAGUACCACUGGUAAUACUAAGACAAAGGAACCCUAAUAAUUCAUUGUUGUACUGUAUUGAUGCUGCACAAGCAUGCUGACGGGAAAGAGAGAGUGAGAGUUAUAUAGUAUGCUGUGUUGUCUAAAUAGAGACAAAAACCACAGCAACUUAGACCUAGUGAAAAUAAUUGUGUGGGCAGUCUCAUUCAAAUGGCCUGCAUAGUUAUCGGUAUGUUAAAAAAAGGGGGGGAAGUCCUUUUAUAGUUACAAGCCAUUGACAUGGCUAAUUAGAUAUAAAUUGGGUUCCAUGAUGGAUGAAUACAUUGGAGUGCUCUGGUUAGUCACAGUAUCCUAGGCUCUUCCAAGAUUAUUUCAUUAAAUCUCCCAUGUUAUUGCAACGGAGAGCUAAAAAUUAAUGAUUGUUGGGAAUAAUUUGAGAUGUACAUCUUAUCAUUCUGCUGAGAAAUAAUAAAAAAUGUUGGCAGGGAAAGAUAUUCUUUUCUGAUUCAAUUUUAAUUUGUAUAAACUGUAGCACCACUAGCUAUCUCAGUUUUUUCAAAUGCAUUAAUAUUGUAUGGAUUUGUGCUAAAAGAGCAU